AUGAUUCACCUCUUAACCAUUCUCGCACACCUCGCAUGUGUGAUUGCGGCGAUAACGUCACAGCAGCCCUUGCAGACGAACUCGAAUGAGCCAUCUAUUCUCUCGUCAAGCUUGAGAGAGAGGAUAGACACACUGAGAGAGAAAUGGGGGGUCAAGGGUAUCAGCAUUGGAUUAGCGGCUUCACCCAAUUCCACGAUACAUACAUCUGGGAAAGAUAAAUGGACGUUAGAGACAAUGUCAUUUGGAGAAGCAGACCGAUAUGGAAAUAAGGUGGAUGGUGAUACGAUGUUCGCGAUUGCCUCGAAUUCGAAGCUAUUUACCGCUUUAUCCAUUGGACUGCUCGUGGAGAACAAUACCGUUCUACCUAAUGGGGAAAGACUGGAAUGGUCCAGCAAAGUGAAGGAUAUCUUGCCGGAAUGGAAAUUGAAAGAUCGAUACGCUUCAGAUCACAUGGACUUGAUCGAUCUAGCUUCGAUGAGGUCUGGCAUGCCUAGACAUGAUUAUAUUCACGGUGGCGAGUCUCCGGCACAAGUCAUAUCAUUCAUGCGACACCUUAACCCCUCCACCGAAUUUCGUCAGAAUUGGCAAUAUAAUAACCAUCACUACUUUGCUCUUGCGUUGAUUGUCGAGAGACUCUUGCAGAUUCCAUUUCAGGACUAUGUCAAACUUCAUAUACUGGAUCCCAUCGGAAUGUCAAGCACGACUCACAAUUCUACAGAAGCCUUAAUAUCUGGACAUAGAAGUGAUUCUUUUACACGUACGGGUGUAAAUGUGACAGCCUGUUGGGAAGGAAUAGACAGGAGAGUGGACAAAUUAGCCGCAAGCUGCCUGACAGAGCAAGGAACCUUUGGGUGGUGGACUGCGAGUGAUGGAUUAUUCGAAGCAGGUGUGGGAGGUGUAGUGACCUCAGGCAAGGACAUGGCAAAAUGGGUAAAAGAACUUCUACAUCCAACUGUCUUACCCCAUUCUUUGGUUGAUAAAGUUACAACAACGCACACUGUGAUGUCAGGUACUGCGGAUCAUCUUGAAUACGGUGUCUUCACAUACGGUCUGGCCCAAUGGGUCUAUACCUAUCGGGGUCACGCUGUACAUACUCAUACGGGCAGUGUGCCCGGCCAGCAUUCGCGAAUGCUUCGAAUCCCGUCUCUUGGAUUUGGCUUUAUGAUAGCCAUCAACGAUGACAACUUCGGCACACUUUUCCAAGAGACUAUAGCAAAUAUGAUUGUGGAUGAGGUAUUGAACCUAGACCCACUCGACUGGGAGUACAAGAUCGCCAAGCAGAUGUUCAAAAUCCCGCUAUAUCCGGACGCUCCGGAAGACCCCAAGCCACACGUUGAACAUAUCGAGGGAAUAUAUCAUCAUGCAAGUUAUGGCGAAGUCAAUCUUGUCGAGGUUCAUAUACCUGAAUCGAAAAUUGAUCUACCGUUCUCCGAUCUGACUCUCAACGCGCCUCUUAAUAUAACAGGUCCAGUCUUUGUGGCUGAGAUCGACAAGAUUUUUGUGACUCAUUUGGUUUUCACGCAUUUCGAUGGACCUCUUUUCAACUGGACUGGGGUAUAUGUCGCUGAUAAACUUGGCAAGCAUGACAAAGUCUUAGGCAAGCUUACCCAGGUCGUUCAGGUUGGCACCGCGGUGAUAUUGGAUGAUGGUAUAGGUAUGUUCGGAAAUUGGUGGGGUAAAGGCAGCACAGUGGAAAGCUCAAAAGUGAACUUGACCCAAACAAAGAAACAUGCAGAAGUCUGGUUUGAGAAGCGGUAG